CCCCAAUCAUAAGAUACCCACUGGUAGUGAGUUGCUGGCUCAAGGGCCAUGUCACUCACUACCCCCUCCUUAGACCUUAGUUCCUUCUUACUGAGGAGUGCCCGGGGCGUUCAGCCUGGUUGGAUGUAAGAGUGGGCAGUGGAGCUGCAUUUUCCUGUAGCAGCGCUCUCAACAGAGAGCUGCUGUGCCACUGUUCAGGCACCACGGCAACGGGGGAAAUAAACACUCCGGGCCUCACAGUCCAAGUUCUGCCGUGGUGUGAUGUCACCCUGCACUCCAGCCCCUGGGCCGUGGCUGGCUGAUGCACCUCUGUGGCUUCAGCUGCUGAGCCCAGACUUCUUCCCCACAGACCCCAGCUGUUUGGGAGUCUCUGAAGUGGGCCUUCACCAUGAAACUGCCCAAGGGAGCCAGGAACUGUGUGUUCUAUGCACAGCACCCAGAGAAGAUGGAAGAGGUGCCCUCAUGGCAGGAGAUAAAGCAGACCCCUGUCGUCAUGGCCACAAUCAAAGGUCCAGGGCCCGCCAAGUACCUGCGGCCGUCCUGUACCGGCUACAUAGCCCAUGACAUCUCCAUGUUUCAGGAGCCAGCUUAUACCCUACACUCACGGCACACUGAGAAACGGAUCAUAGACACAUACAGCCCCGGGCCUUGCUAUUUCUUGGAUCCCAAAGCGACUCGUUUUGGAAUAUCUACCUGCCCCCAGGUCCCCAUGGAGGAGCGCAUCUCCAAUCCUCGCCUAAGUACCACUCCAGCCCCCUGCCACUACAACCUUGAGAAGACUCGGCCCCCCGGGGAACGGACGGCUCCCCAGUUCUCGAUUGGCUACCGGUGCCCAUGCAGAGUGAUGGAUCCCAACCCGGCCUCCAACCAGUACCAGCUGCCACUCUCACUGGGACCCAACAUCCCUGUCUUCCGAGCCGCCCCCUGCUAUAGUCUGGGCUCCUCAAGCAAGAAUUGGUUCUACAAAGAGAAUAUAGCGGGAGGUCCCGGACCUGCUGCGCAUGCCCGACCUGAGCCGUCCGUCUACCAGAACCGCAGCCCUGUGUUUAGCACGGCCAAGCGCUUUGCCUAUCCGUUGGACCACACACUUCGGCCUGGCCCUGGCUCCCACAAUGUCCAGCCGGUCACUGUGCACAAGCCCCGUAUACCUGCCUUCACCAUGGGCACCAAACACUCGCCCUACUUGUGCCCAUUGAUUGUGGACAUUAUUGACUGAGGCCAGUGUUAGUACGUGCCCCUCCCUCCUCACAGAUGCUAUUUUUUUUUUCUAUACCACAUUGAGCAACCUGAUCUCAUAUGAAUUCCUUUAGCAGAGCUGGUGCCUGGUGAGGAGCCAGCACACAGAGGCAUUAGAUAAAUAUUUUUGUUUAUUCAU